CCCCUAAAAAAAUCUCAGUUGAGACGCUCUCUCGUUUACUCAGAGAAUUCUCAUGUCUCGCUUUCUGUUUCUCUCUCUUUCUAUCUCUUUAUAACCAACCAUAUUCCCCUAAAAAAAUCUCAAUGGAGACGCUCUCUGGUUUACUCAGAGAAUUCUCAUGUCUCGCUUUCUGUUUCUCUCUCUUUUCUGCUCUUACUAGCUAUCUAUCUCCAUUAUAGAAACUCCAGAGUCUGUUCAGUUUCAUUUUUGAUAAGAUCGUCUUCACCAUCCUACCCAGCACGUCUCAAUAUGGCUGUGGUUGACCGUAUAGUUACACUUCCCGAGUUCAGAGUCCCGGCGGUCAUGCCGAGCUUUCACAGGGUUGCACCUGAACUGGUGACGCCGGAUUUCGAAGAUGUGAUUUAUGUUGCAGCUGGGAAGGAUGUGAAAGAGGGCAAAGCGAAGCUUGUUUGGACGGUGCAUCAAUCCAGAGGCAACGUCAAGAUCUGUAUCAUUCAUGUUCUAGUUCCUUCGAAGACGAUCCCCAUGGGCGGCCUGGGUGCUGAGAUCCCCGCGAACUUGGCGAACGAGAUCUUGUUGAGGGAACACAGAGAAAACGAGAGGAUAAACAUGCAUAAGAUCUUGGAUACCUACCUGCACGUUUGUACAGAAAUGGGGGUACCAGCAGAGAAAAAGUACAUAGAAUCGGACAGCGUUCAAAAGGGAAUUGUGGAGCUCAUACGUUUACAUGGGAUCAGAAAGCUUGUAAUGGGUGCAGCAGCAGACGGACGCUGUUUCAAGAAGAUGACAGAAAUCAAGUCCAGGAAAGCCAUCUUCGUUCACGAUAAAGCUCAUAUCUCUUGUCAAAUUCGGUUUAUCUGCAACGGGCACCUCAUUCACACUAGGGAAGCUCGAACAGCUGAAGCCAUUGGAGAAGUUCCUACUGAUGCAACAUCACCAACGAGUCCAGCUCUUGGAGCUGGAAAGUCAGUUUUCUUGAAAUCACGAUCCGCCACAGUGCAGAGAAGUGGUACGGCGAAGUUGAGCAAUCCAUUUCAAGACCUUAUGAGAAGAACUUUCUCCUUGAACGCUGAUCGACAUGCAGUGAGGCCAAUGGCUUCCCCUUCCCCACAUAGCACUCCUUCCGAUCAGCCUAAUGUGGAGUGCAUGCUGGAGAGGCAAGACACUUCCCAAGAACUCGCAACAAGCCCUUCCCAUCAUCUGCAGUUGAUUCGGUCGGUCUAUCAUACUGGCCACUCAUCACUUUCCAACACUCUGGAUAUGGAUGAAAACGGCAUGCGAGAAGUGUUUGAGGAAGGAGUGACCACUCAUGCUGAAGGAGAAGUAGGUAUCACUGAGGGCGGGCGAAAGGAUCCCAGGAAGUUGUUGGAAGAACUAGAGAAGGUGCAGCGCAGUGCCCUGGAAGAAAAAUUGCAGCUCGAACUCAACAACGCACUCCAAAAGGCCGAGGAGAUGAGCAGAAGAAAAGGAGAUUCCUCGGGCACAAUGUACUUCUCUGAGUUCUCCAUGACCGAAAUCAAGGAAGCUGUGCAGAACUUUAACCCAGCCUUGAAUAUUGGAGAAGGCAGUUGCGGAACCGUGUAUAGAGGUUUCCUUCGACAUACACCGGUGGCCAUAAAGAUCAUUAAAUCUCAUAGCAUGCAUCGUUCACAAGAAUUUCAACAGGAGGUGGAUGUGUUGAGCAAGGUGAGGCAUCCCAAUCUCAUCACGCUCAUCGGUGCUUGUCCAGAACCCUGCACUCUUGUUUAUGAAUAUAUUCCGAACGGUAGCCUUGAAGACUGGCUCCGCAGCAGCAACAGGGCAAAGCAGUUGCCGUGGCAAGCUCGGGUACGUAUCGCCACAGAGCUCUGCUCCGUCCUGGCCUUCCUCCACUCUUGGAAGCCUAGCAUCGUCCACGGGGAUGUCAAACCGGGGAACAUCCUACUGGACGCACACCUCAUGAGCAAGCUCAGUGAUUUUGGCAUCUGCCGACUGCUGUCCAGUGGCGAGCGGUCAAGCAACAAUACCACAGUUGUGCACCUGACCAACCCGAAAGGAACAUUUGGGUACAUGGACCCCGUGUUCCUCGUCGAGGGAAAGCUCACGAUAAAGUCCGACGUAUAUUCUUUUGGGAUUAUACUGCUUGAGUUAUUGACGAGGAGGCCCGCCUUAGGAAUAGCAAACGCAGUGAGAAAGGCAGUUAGCGCAGGGACUUUGGAGACAAUCUUGGAUCCAUCGGCUGGAGAGUGGCCCUAUAUGCUGGCCAAGGAGUUGGUUCAUUUGGCUUUGAGGUGCUGCGAGAUGAGCAGAAGGAAUAGGCCGGAUCUCCGCUCAGAUGUGUGGACGGUGCUCCAAUCCAUCAGUGCUUCCUGUCAAUAAACCCGGACUUCUGUAUACUGAAGAAUUUACCGAUAUACAUGUUCAAGUGUGUGCUUUGAACUUCAGGUAAAUUGACUUUCUGGGUAAUGUGUGGCUGUCGUCGGUGAGUACGGACUGGUUUUUGUAAAUAUAUGCAUAGAUGUUUUGCUACGUCAUGUAUUGAGUUGUCAUGUUGAAAGUUGUUCCUGCAUGUACCCACCAUUGUUCUUAUGAAUAGAGUUUCUUCUGCAUUAAGUACAU